AUGAAUCCCUCUGGGAACAAUCGUUCUCAGAAGGAGCUUUUCCUGCAAGGCCCUAAUCAGCAUGAGAUCGAGUCCCCUGUAAUUGGGCCGUUGCGCAUUAGCAAACGAGAAACUCCUUCUCCAGCUCCCCCGGGUGCUGCCCCUCUACCAUACGCCGAUGAACAGCCAAGGCUGCAGCAACAUGUGCGGGUACCAGGCUCGAGUGGUUCGAGCCCAAUACCCCAAGCUGGCAGGCAGAGUGCCUCUCCGACGUCCAGUGGACAAAGGUCUCCAGUUGACUAUCCUCCCGCUUUGCGACCCCGGGAUGGCCGCGAACCCAAACAAUCGACUUUGGCAGAACGACGAGGAAAUGCGCCCAAGCCGCUACCGGAUUCUCCCAUAGUUGACACUGGCGAUAGAGAAGGGUAUCUAGCCAGGAUGAACCAGCGGCCUCCAGGGCCUCCAGCCGCUGGGCCACCGCAGAACAUGGCAUAUCCGGACUACAACCAGCACUACUAUCCGCCUCCGCAACCCUCCACCUCUGCGAGACCAGCGUCACGUACGGCAACAUCACAGAAUCUACAACCGCCACAGCAUAGUAUCAACCGCUUUAGCUCGACCGCUUCCACAUCAACAACUCGUGCCGAGCGAGGGUCUCCGCCGCCUCCGGAGACACCGAUUGUUGAACCUGGGCAGCACCCGACUUCUGAUAUUGAAGCUCGCUAUGCGGCUUCAGGGAUUGCGGGGACAUCGACUCUGACCGGAUUUCAGGCUCAGAGCGCAGCGGCGCAGCGGCGAGCAGAACAAUACACCGGACAGCAACCGAGAAAUCCUAUCCAGCGGCCAUGGACUCCAACUGAGCUGCCCGGAUCUCACCCCCAUGGAGAACCGACCGUGUACCAGGGCGCCGAGGCGGUCCCGCCACAGAUUUUGGAUCCGAAUCCUACACCAGGUCCGGCUGUGGCUCCGUCACAACCGCCACAGACUCAGCAGCCUGCGAGGAUCCCGAGUAAUGCUCUCGAGCAAGAUCUGGAGAGAAUGCGCAUCAGUUCAUCGCCUCCUCCGGCUUACUCGAGUGUACCGCGACCAGCUUCGGCUUCUCAGGGCUAUUCGAAUGAAAAGCAACGUCUGGCAGCUGCAGCAAACCAACCGACUUCCGCGGCUGUGCAGCAUCCUGCAGUCACAGCAACAGUAACAGCUGCGGGAAUUGGAGCUACCGCGCCCAUGGUCCCGGCCCAAGACCAUCCGGCGUUUGCCAAUGAUCCAAGACAGCAAAAUUCACCGCAGGAUGCUGCACAGCCGCACAACGACGUGCUGGCCGGUGGCCAACGGGACCAGUAUCCAGCUUUCCAGCCUCAGCAAACACAGGCCAGUGCGCCGCCAGCAGCCAGCUUACCCCCGGCGUCACCACCUCCGCUUCCAGAAGGCUGGAUUGCGCAUCUGGACCCAAACUCUGGUCAGUACUACUACAUUCACCUUCCUACACAGUCCACCCAAUGGGAGUUCCCCAAGGGACCUACGCCUCUGAACCUUAAUGAGGCACCAAUGUCUCCCGUCGGAAGUGUGUACAGUGCCCAUCCUUUGGCCUCGCCAGGAUUCUCAGCGUUUGGCAAGCCUCUUGCAUCCCCGGGUGUUCCAAUGACACCUGGGUUUGAAAGUCUACAGUCCCCAGCUGUAGCAGGCUUUAGUGGACCUCCACCAAGUAGUGGCGUAGAGAUGUACAAGGUAGCGCCUACCAACGGCGUAUACUUUGGUCCUUACCUCCGUUAUGCGAACAUGGAUGUCCAGAGCGGUAUAUGGUUUGGAUCUAUUCUUCUUGUCACGGACGCCGGCCAGCCGCCAACGAUUCAUAUCCAUCAGAGUGUCGACCUGUCGCCUAAUCCACGCCAGCUAAAGGCGAUGGCCAUAUCUGUACACCAACGAUGGACCUUUUACAAAUAUGAGGUUGACCUGAAGAUGGACGAGUCUGGAGCUGCGAAAUGGACGUACGCUAUUACAUCGCACCUUGGCUGCACACGCUACGAGUUCUUGGUUGCCGGUCAACACGAGGCGAGCUGGCGGUUCAUUGCAACUUCGGGCAACGACUUUUCUCUCAACGUCAAUGAGAACGAGCGCUCCCGGCUAGGGGGUGUUGGUCUCAUGUGGAAGGAUAUCAUGCAGAAACAUGCUGAGAUUGGUGGGUUCCACGCUCAGCUGUGUCUAGGAGGUCAGAUUUACGCCGACCGAAUGUGGAAGGAGAUCCCAUCCCUGAAGCAGUGGCUCCUGAUCCGAGGGAAAGAGGCGAGGAAGACAGCGCCCUGGACGGCCGCUCAUGAGCAAGACGUGUCCCACGGUUAUUUUCACUAUUACACCAGUCACUUUGAUCAGCCAUACUUGCGAGAGUCCUUUGCUCAGAUUCCAUAUGUCUGUCAAAUUGAUGAUCACGAUAUCUUCGAUGGCUUUGGCUCGUAUCCUGAGCAUAUGCAGUUUUCCAACAUGUUCAAGAACAUUGGUCGCGUUGGAAUUGAAAUGUACCUGCUCUUUCAGCACCAUACCACACUCGACAUCCUCCGCAACGUCAGCACAGAUUAUGAUCUGUUUACCAUUACUGGUACGGGCUGGCAUUUUGUCAAAUACCUCGGACCAGCAGUGGUUUUGGUUGGUCUAGAUUGCCGCUCAGAGCGUAACCAGCACCAGGUGCUCGCUGGGCCAACAUAUCAAGGCAUAUUCCCCAAGAUCGCCAUGCUUCCUCUCACAGUCCAGCACUGUCUAUGGAUGACUUCAGUGCCCCUCAUCUACCCACGGCUAGAGACUGCUGAGCACAUCGCCCAGACAUUUACCACUGGCAAGCGAGCGGUUACCGGCGCGUACAACGUUCUCGGCAAGGUGACCAGUUCUGUUGCGGGCGUAGUAGGGGCCAAGGACGUCGUCGGGUCCGGGUUUGACUCCGUCAAGCGCGCCGUCGGUAAAAGUGGUCUCAUGGGUGGAAUCCUGAGCCCAUUCGGCGAAUUUGACUUGCUCGACGAGCUUCGAGAUCAAUGGACUCACGAGUCAAAGGUAACCCUGGUCACCUCCACAGAUAGCAGCAAAACUAACAGAGAAAAAAAGGACCUCGAAAGAACCUACCUCAUCCGCACCCUCCAGGGCAUCGCACACCAAAAAUCCCUCCGAAUGACCUUCCUCUCUGGUGCUGUCAACGUUUGCGGCGCCGGCCUUGUCCACGAUCCUGGCCACCCCUCAGACCACAAAACAAUGUACCAGCUCAUCUCCUCCUCUGUCGUCAACAGCCCGCCACCCUCGUACAUCAUCAAAAUGCUUCACUCAAGCAACAAGCCACUCUAUGUCCCAGCAAACGGCCACCGCUCCACCCCGUCUCAGCCCUCAGACACGAAAGAGGACAUGAUGGAGAUCUUCCAGAGUGAUGUGACUGGCCAAGCCCGCGAGCAUAAGAAGCUCAUGGGCAGGCGGAAUUACAUUGCCAUUGUCGCCUAUGAUCCGGAUUCCAUUGGCGGGAGUCAAAUGUCGCUUGCGAUGUAUGGGCAGCAGGGUGGUGGCCUGCCGUUCCCUGGGGGCAGUGGGAAGCUGAAUCUCGCAGUUGAUUUUAUGGUGCAGGGGGAUGGGUCGUUCGGACAGGUCGUCAAGUAUGGGCCGGUCAUUGUGCCAAGUUUAGAGCAUGAGAAGUGA